AGGAUUUGGUGGCUUUUGGUGGAAGACAAACGCUGUGCUGGAAGAAGAAGCCGUGACCCUGAUGGCUGAAUCUUUUAGCCGUCGGAUCUUCUCCGUGUCCUCUGAUGAUCGUCAGCUCUUCUUCUCCUUCUUCUCUCUCCGUGUAUCUCGCUGAUCUCGCCGUCGAAGAUUUUUGAUUUCGGAGACCGCCGGUUUUCGGUUUGCUGAAUCGAGCGGCGUGAUCAGAAAGGUUCCUGAUGUAGUAUCUUGAGUCCACAUCUUGCCUGUGUGAACGUUAUCAACGAUUUUAUAGAGUAAUGUUAGCAUAGUGUAUGAUUGAUUUGCAUAUACCGCGCGAUUCAACAAGGAUUUUUCAUCCUUGUUUGAUGGCUACAAAGUUGGAGAGUCCUGUUAAGACCCAGAUGGCUGUGACACUGCUCGGUGGGCUGCUGAAUGGCGACCGCCUUGAGAGCGCGAGAGGCAGUCUUGCUCGGAGGAGGCGUGUCUUUGUGCAGACUGAGACUGGGUGUGUUUUGGGAAUGGAGUUGGAAAGGGGUGACAAUGCCCACACGGUUAAAAGGAGGUUGCAGCUUGCCCUCAAUGUACCUACGGACCAGAGCUCUUUGACGUUUGGGGAUCGUAUAUUGAACAAUGAUCUUAGUGCCAUCCGCAAUCGUUCAACGCUACUACUUGCUAGGAAUGUCAUGAACAGAAGCUCGUCAACUCCUUGUCUGUCACCUACUGGGCAAAAUCUGCAGAGGGAUCAGGGUGAUUCUAUUGAGGUUUUGGGGUGUCCAAAUAAUUUUGCGAGAAUUGAUGAACUGGUUAAGGAGAUUGUGGUUGCUAUCAAGAAGGGUUUUGAUCCGAUCCCCGUGCAUAGUGGGCUUGGUGGUGCUUACUUCUUCAGGAACAUCAUGGGCGAGAGUGUUGCCAUCGUGAAGCCAACAGAUGAGGAGCCAUUUGCACCGAACAACCCUAAAGGCUUUGUAGGCAAGGCACUCGGGCAGCCUGGCCUGAAGCGUUCAGUGCGAGUUGGGGAAACUGGGUUUCGAGAAGUUGCUGCCUACCUUCUGGAUUAUGAUCACUUUGCUAAUGUGCCUCCAACUGUUCUUGUGAAGGCUGCACAUCAAAUCUUCAAUGUUAAUUAUGGCGUCAAUGGAGAUAAGAUUCAGAAGAAGAAAAGGGUUAGCAAGAUUGCGUCUCUGCAGCUGUUCAUCCCUCAUGACUUUGAUGCCAGUGACUAUGGAACUUCAAGCUUUCCUGUAUCAGCCGUUCAUAGAAUAGGCAUUUUAGACAUUAGGAUCUUUAACACUGACAGGCAUGCUGGGAACCUUCUGGUUAAAAAGCUUGAUGGGGAGUUUGGUAAGGUGGAGCUCAUUCCAAUUGACCACGGACUUUGCUUGCCGGAGCACUUGGAAGAUCCAUAUUUUGAGUGGAUUCAUUGGCCUCAGGCAUCAAUUCCUUUCUCUGAUGAUGAGCUUGAGUAUAUAAGUAAUCUUAAUCCAAUUUGUGACUCUGAGAUGCUGAAAAUGGAGCUUCCCAUGAUCCGAGAGGCAUGCCUUAGAGUUCUGGUCCUGUGCACAAUAUUUCUUAAGGAAGCUGCUGCUUUUGGACUCUGCCUUGCUGAGAUUGGUGAGAUGAUGAGUAGGGAGUUUGGAGGGCAAGAGGAGAAGCCAAGCGAACUUGAAGCUGUAUGCCUCGAGGCCAGGAAGAUCAUAGCAGAUAUGAACUUGUCAACCUUUGAGGCGGAAGAAGGAAAUGAAGAGUUUCUGUUUGAUAUAGAUUGUGAGAAUGCUGGGAUUCUUGAUCCUUCAGACGUUAUGUCACAUCACUUCUUUGAUCAGGUUUCAUAUCCUUUUGGGUCUAGAGGCGCUGAUGGUCGAAACUUGCUGUCCAAGCUAGAUGAGUGUUUGGAAGAGGAUGAAGUUAGGCAGACGGAAUCACUAUCCAGCCAAAUUUGUAUCAAACCUGCUUCAAAAUUGCCCCUUCCUCCGAAAAGAAUAGAUGUGGGUGGGAGAAGCCGGCUCCAGAGAGCUGCAACCAUAUCCGGAAUCAGAAGAAGUGCAAAUGAUCAGUUACCAACCUCACCAUGCUUCGUGAAGGUUGCUGACAUGAGUGAGGAGGAAUGGAUUCUGUUCCUUGAAAAGUUCGGUGAGCUUCUUUACCCCGCCUUUGGCAACCGAAGGUCUGCAACACUCAGGCAGAGAAAGAGACUUGGAACAUCUUGCAGAUUUUAACCUAAUUCGACUGCUAGUUUGACAUAGAAGCGCGGAACCGCAGAGUACAAGCUGCCAUCAGUUUUUGUUGGGGGAUUUGGGGAUUCUCUAAUUUCUGCAGCAACGAAGAACAUCGUCAUCAGCGGUAUAAGCAGUCUACAGUACAGUUAUGUAGAUAGUUUUAGAAUCAAGAGGGAUCCGGGAUCAGCUCGAGUGCAGGAAUAAAGAUCACAAAUCGGUCUUCUUCGUUUUCUGUUUUAUGCUUGUAGUUUCCUUUCUGAGUUCUGGCAAGAAUUCAGUUGUAGAAAACUAGAGAAAGUACAGAUAGAAAUGGGAAAAAGCAAAUACAAUAUGGUGUGUGUGUGUGUGUGUGUGUGUAUAUAUAUAUUGCUAGUAGUUUCUUUAAAUUGUUCA